CCCACAAUAAUAAGGCUCUAAUAAUAAGGAGGAUGGCCAGUGAAAUCCACCCACUUUGUUCUUCCCAUCAUCCAGUAUAGAAAGAUUGCCACUUCGCACUGUCCCCUUAUAUUUGAGGUCCUUGGCUUUUCUUCCAUUGUUGCUUGGAGGAAGGAACUCAGGAUGAACAAGGCCUUGGAAAUGGGCAUCUUAGCCUGGCUGUGCUUUAACACAGCUGGAGCUAUCACAUGCAUUGAAUGUAAACGUGUUGCUGAAGAUAACUCUUGCAUGGUGCCUGAAACUCAGUGCAGUUCCCCAUGGCAGAACAUCUGCUUCACUCGUCUCACUACCCAAGAUGGUGUCUCACCAAUUGUGGACCGGGGUUGCACUCAUCUGUGCCAUAGUAUAAAGAGACCGAGAGAGAACUAUCAAGAAACUAUGCGGUGCUGUAUGAGAGACCUUUGCAACACCCACAGCUUCUGGACCAACCAUUAAUACAGUAUAAAAAGGAAAAAGAAUACUGACCAGGGACAGAUUUGUUAAAUCAGGUGGAUUCUCAGAACUUCUGGCUUUUGAACUGGUCUGUUAAUAAAAUGCAGCAAUUGAGAAACACAA